AUGGCCCUCCGGCUCGCCCAAUCCAAGGCUGCAAUGCAUCUGGCAAGGCGUGGGCUGGCGCGUGUGAUUUGCAACGCGCCGGCUUCUUUCAGGGCAAAUGCAGCUACCGGCGCAGGUAGCAUUGUUCGUCGCCUGCACUCUGGUGCUGCUUCUCGUCUCAGAGACCUCAACAGAAUGGGCCUGCAUUCUGGUGCCGCUUCUUGUCUCACACACCUGAACAGAAGGGGCCUGCACUCUGGCGCUGCUUCUCGUCUCACAGACCUCAACAGCAGUGAUUUAGAAAGAGUUAUAUACAACUUCGAAAGCCAGCCUUCGCUCUAUUCCAAACCUUCAGCUCUCUCAGAGUAUGUAAAGGCCCUCGUCAGCCUCGAGAUGCAAACUCAAGGGGUGGAGGGUAGCCAGCUCCUGUCGAAGGAUGGUGCUCUGGGCACAGCUACUGCACCGCUCCACAUGGUUACGAUGGAGAAGGGCAAGAUAUGGAAACUGCUCUGGCCCACCUUCGGGACCAUCGUUGCUGCCGGUCUAGCUACUGGCCUUGCGACCUAUGGCGGUAAGGCUCUUGGUGACAAGGUGUCUGAGAAGGUAACUGAGGCUGCUGAUCAGGGCCUUGUAGUCUUUGCCGGCAAGAUUCCGUCUGAGCUCUUGGGCGAACUGGAAGACGAGUACAGUGGUGUCGAAGAAGCAGGUGGUAAGUUCAGUGGUCAGAAAACAAAAGCUGGUAAUUUUGGCAGUUUGAAAGAGGUAACCUCGACCACCACGAAAUUCCGUGAUGUAAAGGGGGCUGACGAAGCCAAAGCUGACCUCGAGGACAUUGCUCACUACCUACGAGAUCCCAAGCGUUUCACGCGCCUUGGUGCCAAGCUUCCAAAGGGUGUUCUGCUCGUGGGCCCACCUGGCACAGGGAAGACCAUGUUAGCGAGGGCGUUGGCCGGGGAAACCGGCGUCCCGUUCUUCGCGUGCAGCGGCAGCGAGUUCGAGGACAAGUAUUAUGGUGUUGCCUCUAAAAGAGUGCGGGAGCUCUUCAGUGAAGCAAAGAAGCGCGCCCCUUCCAUAAUAUUCAUCGACGAAAUCGAUGCCAUUGCUGGUCCUAGAAAUACAGAAGAUCCAAUGUGGAUGAGGCAUACCCUGAACCAGUUGCUUUCUGAGAUGGAUGGCUUCAAGCAGAAUGAUGGGGUCAUUGUGAUCGCCGCGACCAACUUCAAGGAGUCGCUAGAUAAAGCCCUCGUCAGGCCUGGGCGUUUUGACCGUCAUGUCCUGGUUCCUCUUCCAGAUGUCGAGGGCCGACGGCAGAUCCUCGAGUCUUAUAUCUCAAAGGUGAAAGCCAAGGGUGUGGAUGUGUUGACAAUCGCUACGGGGACACCUGGGCUCUCAGGUGCAGACCUUGCAAACCUGGUGAAUGAGGCCGCCCUCACCGCUGCCAAGGACGGGGCGAAAGCUGUUACGAUGCAUCACCUAGAGUAUGCCAAGGACAGGAUCAUGAUGGGAAGCGAGCGCAAGUCAGCGGUGAUACCUGAUCAUUCCAGGAAGAUGACCGCGUACCAUGAAGGAGGGCACGCUCUUGUUGCUAUCUUCACGGACGGUGCUGACGCUGUCGACAAGGCCACCAUUGUUCCAAGGGUGGGUGCUCUUGGCAUGGUGAUGCAGCUGCCGGGGGAAGAUGCCGAGUUUGAACUCUCGAGGAAGCAGAUGCUGGCGACUCUGGAUGUCAUGAUGGGCGGGCGGGUGGCCGAGGAGCUUAUAGCCGGAGAAGGCGGGGUCACCACUGGUCCCUCAACUGAUCUAAGCGAGGCGACUCAGCUGGCGACCGACAUGGUCACCAAGUAUGGCAUGGGCAAGCGGGUGGGCUUUGUUACCUAUGGCAAUGGCGGUGAUGCUAGCGGUGGCAAGGCGACGAACAUGAGCGGGCGGAUGUCAGAACUGGUUGACGAGGAGGUGAAAGAUUUACUGGACAACGCUUACAAGAACGCCAAAGCGAUUCUCACGGAUCGUAGGAAGGAGCUUGAUGCGCUAGCCAACGCCCUCCUGAAGGAUGAGACUCUCACUGGUGACCAGAUCAAGAAACUAGUAACAGGAGGUGGAAGUAAAUGGUUUUGA